AACCCACUCACGACUUUUGUGGACCUCGAGUCGAGAGACAUCACAGGCAGAAUCUCGGAAGGCCCUUCACCCGCAUUACGAUCCCCAUCACAGCUCCCUCGAUGGACGCUUGUUAGCCCUUAACCAAUACUCGGUCCGAUUAAAAAAUUAUCGCGAAUAAGCAACCACCGCGACACACACCUGUCUUCCAAGCAACCACCAACCGCCUCUCUCUUUAAGUCAUAUAAUCUGCUUCCCUGCAGCCUCGCGCUGCUCGCUAAACGCUCCCACUAGCCAGUAGCCGUGAAGACAGCCAUGAAUCUUAUAAGCCGGCCGGGCCUCCUUCGCUGCGUGCUCCUAGCAGCUAUAGUCGCAGGGGCUGCGGCACGGAUCGUCACAGUGGGAGAGGCAGACGUGGGCGGGUACGGCUACGGGUGGAAUCCCUCCGUUAACUACACGAAAUGGGCUGCGGAAACUCCCCUUCGGCCUGGCGACAUCCUCGUGUUCGAGUAUCCGAAGCGGGCCGAGGUGGUCUAUCGGGUGGGCAGCACCACGGAUCUCACCUCGUGCCAUCUCAAGGGCGCACAGGUGCUCUGCGACUCCCUCCGCGGCAGCCGGCCCGGCAAGGACGGCGCGGCGAGCGCUUGCGCGGUGACGGUGGAAUCUGGGCCCAUGUACAUCACGUCGAUUAAGACGCACUGCCAGCAGGGACAACAGCUCGUUGUCGAGCCAAUCAUCGACGAUACAGCAGCGGGCGACGGCGAUUCCGGCGACGCUGCUGCGGUCGUCAACCCGCCAGUAGUAGGCGACGUCGUCAACGACGGAACGACGGCAGGCGAAGGGGCCGACGGCGAGAACGGCUCGGGGACCCAGGCGGCAGAGGAGAAGGGAGCGGCUGAGAAGCUUGCGGAAGCAGCUGUCAACCAGGCGGGACCGGCCGCAAACCACACGGAACCGGCGGCAAACGGCGUGAGACUGGCGGGGACUCUAUCCCACGGGCCCAUCGGAAACGUCUCUACUGAAGAUAGCUCCGUCCCUCUCCCCUCCCCUCCCGGCUCUCCUUCCGUCGCCCCUCUUUCCAACGCUGGCGCUGGUAACGCUGAUAGUAACGCUGGUGGUAACGCGGUGGUGCCGCGGUUGGCGACGACCCAGGCGUCGGGGCGGUCGAUCGUGGUGGGGAACCCCACGCCCAGCUACAACUACCCGUUCAACCCGCAGGUCAACUACAACAGCUGGGUCGCCAAGAGCAAGCUCUACGACGGCGACGUCAUCCUGUUCAAGUAUCCGAACUACCACCAGGAGGUAGUCCAGUUCGCGCGCUACGGCGACUACCGCUCGUGCAACUUCCGCGCCGCGAAGGUGGUUUGCUACGACAGCUGGGGCUCCAAGUCCGGCUGCGCGAUUAAGGUCACGCGGACGAUGGCGUACUACGCGUCCGGGCUGUACGGGAACUGCCUGGCGGGGCAGAAGGUAGCGGUCAAGGCGAAUGCGAAACCCUACACGCCGCGAACCCUGGCGGUGGGUUACCCGUCGCAGCAGUUCAAGUGGAACUGGAACCCGAACGGGCAGUUCGAUAAGUGGCUGCAGUACAAUAAGGUGUACACGGGCGAUACAGUCGUUUUCAAGUAUCCUCCUUACAAGGACGAGGUCUUCAUCGUGCCAUCUCUGACGGACUACAGGAACUGUGACUACUCGAACUACAUUUCCUACUGUAACUCUACAGAUGGUGCAGGGGCUGGAUGUUACAGUAACCCCAUUACAGCCACCACGUACUUCAUUUCGGGCAUCUUCAGCCACUGCAUGAAAGACAACCAGAGGAUUGUCAUCACUCCACAGAAGCCACCAUCUUAGGCAGCAAAAUGGGGGUAAAACUGAUUGGUUAUUCGAGCAUAAGUAAUCGGACUGAGCUUAUGUGUGAGCUCUGCACUGGACAAGUAGUUUAGCUACAAAACCCUUAGCCUCUAGGGUACAAUGAGCGCCAUGCCAGUUAUAAUCUGUGUAUUAGAGAUAAUAGUAUUUCAUGCUAAUGUUAUGCUGUCAUAUACCAGGCUGCAGAACACAUACU